AUGAGUUGGAUGCUCUCCAUCUGGGUGGCGACGGCCCUGCUGGCUCUCUGUAGGGGACAAAACACUGUGCAUCAAGGGAAUAGCCUGUCUGCAUCUGGCUACCAUCUGCGCACUCACAAUGAGAAGAGGAACGUGAGCGUCCUGGCGAUGCACGCAGUCCCCUAUUCUGUGACAAAGAAAUGUGGCGACUGGCUCCUCACGAAGAUGUGCACAGUCACUGUUUACCAGAUGACCUAUCAGACUGAGCUAAGGACAGUGAUGGAGCAGGUGACCAGAUGCCGUGACGGCUAUGAACAAGUUGGUCGUUACUGCGCCCUGCCUGUAAACAGGAGUGUUGAGUUCACUGCCAAGCCAGGAUCCUGUCCAACUGCAGAUGGACUGCGUCCCAGAUCUGAGGACUGUGUGGGGGACAUGGACUGCCCAGGCUGGCAGAAAUGCUGCCAGAGAUCGGGUUGCUUUCUCUGCACUGAUCCUGCAAGCUCAGCAAAAUAUUCUGAGACUGGAGGAUACCGUUUUAAUGCGACAGUGACAGUGAAGACAGACUACCAGCAACUGAUGUCCAAUCGAGGAGGACAUCUGAAUCACUUAAGACUGCUACAAGCAAUGGUGACUGGAGCUCUGCAGUCUGAUGUUUCAGUUUAUUACCUCAGCUCACAGCCCGUGCAUCCUUACAGAACUGCCACCUCACUUCUGAUUGAAUGCAACUUCACUCUUUCACUGCACAACAUCACGUCAAAGCUGCAUCUCCUCCUCAAACACAUACAGGAGGUGUCGUCUGUAACUGUGGAGGAUGUAGACGAGUGUGCACAGCCUUCUCUCCAUCAGUGCUCACCUCAUGCAGACUGUAACAACACAGAGGGCUCCUACCAGUGUGUCUGCCACCAGGGAUACAUUGACGUUGACCUCAGCAACCCUGGAGCCGAUUGCACAGCCGACAUCAGGGUGGCGACCACCACAGAGCCCCCUCUCACCGACCUUCCUCCCACCACAACCUGCCUCCCCGCUCCCAGCAGCACACAGGACUCUCUGGGCAAAAGCACCGUGGGUUUCUUCAGCUCCACAGAGACCAGCAUGACUACAGCUCUGAGUAACACAAGUCCUGUCCCUUAUAAUUCAUCACACGCUCCGCAGUGGACAACUUCUGCACCUUAUAGCUCAACUGUAGAGUCACCUCUGCUGACAACCACAUGCUCUCCUCCCAGCAUCACCAGCGUGUGGUCGGCUAACGUCACUGGAACCUCCUUCUGUGUCUACUGGUCCAGCCAGUUUCAGACAAACCAGACUUACCAGGUUGUGUUGAGCAACAGGUCAGGGGUCAUUCAGACUGUGGAAACCAGUCAGACCAUGAAGGAGGUGAAGAAUCUGCAGCCCGGGGAGCUGUACAACGUUACCGUCAUGCCUCGCUCCUGUGGAGGCCAAGGAGUCGCCCUUCGUGUGUCGGUCAAGACUGAUGCUCAGACUCUUGAUGCCACAGUGCGACUUACCAACAUUGAGUACACCGCUGAUCUGCAGAACACCAGCAGCCAGGCCUACGAAAACCUCACUGAGGGUAUUAGGGCGGAGAUCUACCAGUCUCUGUCUCCGGAGAUGAAGGCCUUGGUGGAUUCAGGCCAGGUAAGAAUCGAGAUCAGAGGCUUCUCGCCGGGAAGCGUGGUGGUCAACUUGAAAAUCAUCUCCACUUUGAGUCACAGCCAAGACAUCAGUAAUGUGUCCACGGCCCUGCUGAACUCUUUGAAAACCAGCACCAAAUUCACUGUGGAUCAAAACAGCACAAGCACAAACGAUUUUAAUGAAUGUGCUUCAGGGGAAAAUGACUGUUCACAGUGGGCUACUUGUACAAACACCUGGGCCUCCUACACAUGUGUUUGUCUGGAUGGAUUUAAAGACAACAACCCAAACAGGCCUGGACGAGCCUGUCAAGCAAACACAACAACCACGACUGCCAAAACAACAACCAUUGGUGUCUCUUCAUUCACCACUGUUACCCCUGUUAUCACUACUAUGGUCCCAACAACCACCACUACUGCUCCAACUACCACCAAUGCUGCCCGAACCACCAUUGCUGCCACUGCAACCACUUCGACUGCUCCUGCAACCACCACCAUGGGUACAACAGCCAUCACCACUGCCCCUGCAACCACCACCAGUGCCGUUACAAUCACCAAAACUGCCCUAACAACCGCCACUACUGCCCCAACCACCAUUGCUGCCCCUGCAACCACUACCACUGAUCCUGCAACCACCACCACUGCUGUUGCAAUCGCCACAACUGCCCCAACAACCACCACUACUGCCCCAACCACCAUUGCUGCCCUUGCAACUAUCACCACUGCCCCUGCAACCACCAUCACUGCUGUUGCAACCACCAUUACUGCCCCAACCACCACCACUGCCAUUGCAACCACCACCACUGCUGUUGCAACCACCACUAUUACCCCCACAACCGCAAAUAUUGCCCCUUCAACCACCACCACUGCUGUUGCCAGCACCACUAUUGGCCCUGCAACUACCACCACUUCCCUAACCACUGCUGCUGCCCCUGCAAUCAUCACUAUUGCCCCUACAACCACCACCACUGCCCCUGAAACCCCCUCCACUGCUGUUGCAACCUUCACCACUGCCACUUCAAUCACUACCAGUGCCCCAUCAACCAUUGCUGUCCCAGCAAUCACCACUACUGCCCCUGCAACCUUCACUACUACCACUCCAACCAUUACCAGUGCCCCAACCACCAUUGCUCACCCUGCAACCAGCACUGCCCCCAAAACCACCACUACUGCCCUUGCAAUCCCCACUACUGGCCCCACAACCACCACCACUGCCCCAUCCACUAUUGCUACCGUUGCAACCACCAAUACUGCCCCUGCAACCACCACCACUUCUCCAACCACCGUUGCUGCCCCUGCAAUCACCACCACUGCUGUUGCAACCAUCACUACUGCCCCUACAACCACCUAUAUGGACCCCACAUCCACCAUCAUCACAGUUCCUACCACCAUUUCUAUUGCCCUGAGAACUGUCACCACGGCCAUCUCAGUUCAGUGCAGACUUGCUGCCACCACUGUGUCAGUUGCCAGGGAUUUUCUUCUGAACAACAAGAUCAGGGAGAGCACCCUAUAUUUAGGCUUGCCCGAAUGUGGCGUCAAUGGAGGCAAUGCCACCCACGCCCAGCUAACGGUGGCCUGGAACGAGUGCGGCACUAGGCUUGUGCAUAAUGAAACCUACUACACAACAUCUGUAACCCUGUUCAACUCCAUGGAAAUAUUCACAUCACCCAAUGGGACAAUGGAGGUACCCAGAAAACGGCUGGAGAUUCCCAUCAUGUGUUCCUACAUGAAGAGCAUGCUCAUCUCUGCUGACUUUGGCAAUAUGGGAUACGACAUGAUCCAAGAUUUCAUCAUGGGCUCGGGGUCGUUCCAGGUGACAGUGCAGCUGAUGAAUGGCUCAAUGCCUCUACCUCACAACUACAGCAUGUCCUCUGAUGAGGCCGUGGUGGUGGAGGUCAGCCUUAACACCUCCUCAGAGCAGGUUAAAGUGGUCAUCAACAAAUGCUGGGCCACUCCCACCCAAAACCCUGCAGACGCCAACAGCUACACCUUCCUGGACAACAGCUGUUCCCUGAACCAAUACACCAAAGUGUUGAUGAACGGGAACUCCAGCACAUCACGUGUGUCUGUGCAGAUAUUCUCCUUCGUCAACCUGGAUGUGAUCUAUCUGCACUGCCAGGUCCAGAUCUGCGUGGAGACUGGAGUGGAUACCUGUGUGCCCGACUGUCAGCAAAGAACAUCUCGGUCUUCAAACACAAUUGGAACAGCUUUCGGUACUUACGGGCCUCUACAUCGGUCAGAUGACGACUCUUUCGAGGAGGAAUACACCACUCUGCAUAUAGUUGGACUCUCCUGUCUGGGAAUCGGCCUGUCGCUCUUCUUCAUCGUUGGUUUCGUCUGCCUUUUCUACUACCAAAGGAACCGCAUCGGAAACUACAACUUCAACACCAAACCCAAACAGGAGAACUUCACCUACCUUGUCUUUCACACAUAAGGAUACAUGAACAUAAGUCCUUGCAGCAGCAGAUAAAAUGUAGUUGGCUGUUACAGUGCAGAUACCACUGAGUGGCACUGCUGCACAACUCACACGUUACUUCUCUCUAAACACUGCAAAUCUUUGCACAUGAAGGACAGAUUAUAUUUGUAUUUCACCCACUCC